AUGAAGCCGAAGACGAUGGCGUGCGGAAAAAUUCAUAAAUCGAAGAAGAGAAGUAGAAGAAAUUAUCCGGAAAUCCGGCGAUUGUUUCGCGGCGGCGGUGUCGUCAUUUCUCCGGAGAUCGCGGGAUUUGAUGAUCGGCAGAAGCGCGUCGGACGCUUCGGGCUGCGCGGCGGUGCACGACGGCGGUGGAGUGGAAUCGGACUUUGCCGGUUGUUCGGCGAUGGGUGGAAAAGGCUGAGAGAUAGUGAUUCUACGGUGUCGACGAAUGCUAGCACCGCCGUUCGGUCGGCUGGCGCGUCAGUCGCCGCUUCCAUUUCCUCCUCAGGAGAUGAUCGGAAAGAGCAGGUAUUAUGGGCUGGCUUUGAUAAAGUAGAGAUCAGUCCAUCUGCCUUCAGACGUGUCCUAUUACUUGGUUAUCUAAAGGGUUUCCAGGUCUUUGAUGUUGAGGAUGCUUCUGGUUUAAGCGAACUCAUUUCCAGACGUGAUGGACCAGUUACCUUCUUACAGAUGCUUCCAUCUCCAGCAGUUUGUGAUGCUUCUCAAAACUACAAAUCAUCACAUCCCAUCCUUGUGGUGGUUGGUGGGAGUGAGGAUGAAAGAGUCGCCUCGUUCCAAUAUGCUGGCCAAGGGCCUGUUAGAUAUUCAGCAGAGCCACCAAAUGGGAGCGUUUUUUAUCCCCCUACUGCUGUUAGAUUUUACUCGAUGAGAUCGAACGAAUACGUGAAGGUUAUUGAUUUCAAAUCGCCAGUGCUUAUGGUCAGAUGCAGCCCACGCAUAGUUGCUAUAGGUCUUGAAGAGCAAAUUUACUGCUUCGACACCCUUACUCUUGAGAAGAAAUUCAUCGUUGUGACCUAUCCUGUACCUCAUGUCGGAGAUCAAGGUGGAUUUGGAAUCAACACAGGUUACGGUCCAAUGACUGUGGGCCCAAGGUGGUUAGCGUAUCCUCCUAAUCGUCCAUUUCUGUUAAACACGGGUCGGGUGAGCCCAAAGAUCCUUGCCUCUACUGAGAGUCCAUCGACAUGGCCAGGCAGUGGUUCAGUCAUGGCUCGUUAUGCAGUUGAAUCCAGUAAACACUUAGCUGCUGGGAUACUCACGCUGGGAGACAUAGGAUACAAGAAACUAUCUAAGUACUAUCCGGAGUUGCUUCCUGAGAGUCCUAGCUCUCCUGGAUGGAAAGCUGGGAAGCUAGCAGCAUCUGAACCGGAGAAUGCUGGAGUGAUUGUUGUGAAGGAUCUUGUUUCCUUAGAGGUGGUAUCGCAAUUCAGGGCUCAUAUGAGUCCAAUAUCUGCUCUGUGUUUCGACCCUAGUGGGACCCUAUUGGUUACUGCCUCCAUGCAUGGAAAUAACAUAAAUAUCUUCCGGAUCAUGCCGAUUUAUAAAUACAGUGCAUCGGGCUCUAGUGACUGGAGCACGUCGUAUGUGCAUCUUUAUAAGCUCUAUCGUGGUAUAACCAGUGCGGUCAUCCAAGAUAUCUGCUUUAGUCAUUACAGUCAGUGGCUUGCAAUUGUGUCAACAAGGGGAACUUGCCAUAUCUUUUUUCUGUCACCCUUUGGAGGUGAUGAUGGCUUUCAAACUCUUUAUACUUCUGGCCAAGGUACCUCUCUGUAUCUGGCCUCCACCCCACCAUGGUGGUCAAGUUCAUCUUUCUCUGUAAACGAGCAACACCCUUUGCCGCCACCUACUUGCACCCCCUCGGUUCUGGCCAGGAUAAAAUGCAACAACUCGGGCCUGCUUAAUUCAGUGAGCAAUGCUGCUGCUUCAGUGGUGGGUAAGUUGUGGGUCCCGUCAGGAGCCAUUGCUGCAGUGUUUCAUAAUACUAACUCUGCUGAUGUUAAGUCGAGCGGGAGCUCAUUGGAGCAUAUCUUAGUCUAUACCCCAUCGGGUUUUGUUGUUCAGCAUGAAAUUGUGUCUUCUCCGGGAAGCGAUGAACAGACUGAGAGCCGGAGUGAAUACUUGUCGGCCAAUUUACAAAACGAGGAGUUGAGGGUAAAGGUCGAGCCCAUGCAAUGGUGGGACGUGUGCAGGAGGAUGAAUAAUAUGGAGAGAGAGGAGUGUAUUUCUGGGAGUAUUUUUGAUGGAUCGAGUGAUGCCGAGAUUGAGGACGAGACGAAAAUGGUUUUUGGGAAGAAUUUGAUUCCUGGAGAUAAGCAGUUGGUUAAGAAUAAUAAUUCACUGAAGUGGGUGGACAGAUCGCACUGGUAUCUGUCGAAUGCUGAAGUUCAGAUAAACUCCUGUAGGUUACCAAUUUGGCAAAAGUCGAAGAUGCAAUUUCAUGUGAUGGAACCUCCAAGAGCAGAAUGUUAUUCGCAUGGGGAGUUCGAGAUCGAGAAGGUUUCUUCGCAUGAAAUUGAGAUAAAGCACAAGGAUUUGCUGCCAAUAUUUGACAAUUUCCCCAGAGCAAGAUCUGGCUGGACCGAGGGAUGUAUACCUCCUGAAGGGAAAGAUUCUAGUGCUCCGUCCAGUAGUUGUCAAGCUAGAGAUAAAACCAAUGAAGCAAGUAUUUUACAUCACUCAAAGCCAUCGUCAUCUAGUUCAACUGAAAGCUCGGAAGGAGGAUCAUCUACGAAAAUGGAGAAUUUGCUCGACUUGGACUGUAUGAGCAUCAUGAGAUCUCCUGUACUGCCCGUCCAUGCCCCGAGUGAUUCAAACACAGCAAAAGACCCAAAUGUCAAAGUUCCCUUAGCUGACCCGAAAUCGAGGCCCAUUAAUUUGCCGUUGCCACCCAAAAACACUCCCAAUGCCAAAUUCUCACGGGGAAACGAGUUCCCAUCACUAAAUGUUCUCGUUCCUUUAAAAACCGAGGAAAAAACUGUCGAUUCUGUGCAGUUUUUCGAGGAAGAGUACUGUAACAAGCCCGAGUUUGGCGAGGCCGUGAAUGACGAGCUGAAUGAUGAUAAUAAUAGCCAUCAUGAAGAGGAAAAACGAGACGAGGAAGAAGGGUGGAUUGGAUGUGGCGGCAUGUUUGAUUUCUCUGAAGAAGGUUAA